GUUUUGCUUGUUUGGAGUACGCUCCGAAAGGCAAGCCUUAACGGUGAUGGCUGUGCUCUCUUUUAUACGGAGUCACCUAGCCAUCUUAAAGCCUUUCCAUUUCUUCCCCAGCCUGCAGUUCCCACCAGUUCUCUUUGGAUGUCAUUUCCUAUAAAGGAUUUAUCCCCGUUUGAUUCAUCUUCCUGUGGUAGGGAAAGUCACCUGGAGAAGUUGUGUUUGUUUCUCGUUGUUUUUUUUUUUUUUUUUUUUCUUUAGUACAAUUACAGGCUACUGAGAAUGUGAGGAUGAAACGGUUGAGUGUUCAGGGGAUCAGGGGCUGCUUGGUUGUGUUGAUUACGAGUGUGGGUCUGAGAACCAGCAAGAGGAUUUCUCUGGAAGCCUUAGACCUUGAAAGGACCUGGGAUUUGUUUUGGGACCUGGGUCGGUGUCCAGCCAUCUGUUCUAUGACCUAUGGGAUUCCCUGGAUACUAAGGAGAGAGAAUUCCAGUUGUCCUCCCUGUUGUGGUUGAUUGUGAGUGCACAAUAUAUUAAUGUAUUACUGUGUGUUAUAUGGAUGCAGUAUUUGUAGGGAGAAAGGUAUUUUCAUUCACUAAGGUAGCUUACUUGAAAAUAAAAGAAGAGAAGGGAUGAAAAAGUGGGAAGGCCCUCAAGAAUAGUAAAUGAUGAGAGAAAUAGAAGAGGUUUUUACUAAAAGGAGAGGAUUAAACAGAAAGCGGUGCCCUGGCGGGGCUUCAGGGCUACUAGAUGCCUGGGAGGCAAGGUCAAUUUGGGGAACUGAAACUCCUGGCCUGCCACUGUCUGACCUGAGAGGGAAGGAGUUUAAGAUGAGGAAGGGUUGGGGUUCUCAGGCGUAAAAAUUGAGCUACCUUGAGGUGGAAAGUAAGAUCACGCCCACUGGAGUUAUUCCCAGCAAGGUCACCGCCCCUCUGAUCUUUGCCAUCACGAUUGCUACAAUAGGCUCUUUCCAGUUUGGCUACAACACUGGAGUCAUCAAUGCUCCUGAGGUGAUCAUAAAGGACUUUCUCAAUUACACUUUGCAAGAGAGGUUAAAAAACCCUCCCUCUGAGGUGCUGCUCACGUCCCUGUGGUCCUUGUCUGUGGCCAUCUUCUCCGUUGGUGGUAUGAUUGGCUCCUUUUCUGUUGGACUCUUUGUCAACCGGUUUGGCAGGCGCAAUUCAAUGCUUAUUGUCAACCUGUUGGCCAUCGCUGGUGGCUGCCUUAUGGGGUUCUGCAAAAUAGCGGAGUCAGUUGAAAUGCUGAUCCUGGGCCGACUGGUUAUUGGCCUCUUCUGUGGACUCUGCACAGGAUUCGUGCCCAUGUACAUUGGAGAGAUAUCUCCCACUGCCCUGAGGGGGGCCUUUGGCACUCUCAACCAGCUGGGCAUCGUUAUUGGGAUUCUGGUGGCCCAGAUCUUUGGGCUAAACAUCAUCUUGGGGACUAAAGAGCUCUGGCCCCUGCUCCUGGGCUUCACCAUCAUCCCGGCCAUCCUCCAAUGUGCCUCCCUUCCAUUUUGCCCUGAAAGUCCUAGAUUCUUGCUCAUUAACAGAAAGGAAGAGGAGAGCGCUAAGAAGAUUCUCCAGCGAUUGUGGGGCACCCAGGAUGUGGCUCAGGACAUCCAGGAGAUGAAAGAUGAGAGUAUAAGAAUGGCACAGGAAAAAAAAGUCACUGUGGUGGAGCUCUUCCGAGCCCCCAGCUACCGACAGCCCAUCAUCAUCUCCAUCAUGCUCCAGCUCUCUCAGCAGCUCUCGGGGAUCAACGCUGUGUUCUAUUACUCGACAGGAAUCUUCAAAGAUGCAGGUGUCAAGGAGCCGAUCUAUGCCACUAUUGGUGCAGGCGUGGUUAAUACCAUCUUCACCGUGGUUUCUGUGUUCCUGGUAGAAAAGGCAGGGAGGAGGACGCUACACCUGAUAGGCCUUGGAGGGAUGGCUUUUUGUUCCAUCCUCAUGACGAUUUCUUUGUUAUUAAAGGAUAAUUAUGGUUGGAUGAGCUUUAUCUGUAUUGGGGCCAUCUUGGCCUUCGUGGCCUUCUUUGAAAUUGGCCCAGGCCCCAUUCCCUGGUUUAUUGUGGCUGAACUCUUCGGCCAGGGACCCCGCCCGGCUGCCAUGGCAGUGGCUGGUUGUUCCAACUGGACCUCCAACUUUUUGGUUGGACUGCUCUUCCCCUCAGCUGCAUUCUAUUUAGGAGCCUAUGUUUUCAUUGUCUUCACUGGCUUCCUUGUUAUCUUCUGGAUCUUCACCUUCUUCAAAGUCCCUGAGACUCGUGGCAGGACUUUUGAGGAAAUUACACGAGCCUUUGAAGGGCAGGUGCCGGCGGGUAACCGAGGUGAGAAAGGUCCCAUUGUGGAGAUGAACAGCAUCCAGCCCACGAAGGACACCAACGUCUAAGCAGUGCCUCCUUCCCACCUCCCUCCUGCCAUGAAAACGCAACCUCUCCCUAAGCAAGAGAGAGACCUCAUCAGGUUGUAACCCAGGACUGUUUCUGAAUGCUGCUACUCAAUUCUUUUCUCAUCCCACACACUCAUGGGCGCUCAGAGGAUCCCAACGCUGGGGUUAGUUGUUAUCUUCAAAGGCUUUUAAAAAUUUCAUUUCUUGGACAUUCUCUUCUGUUCAGGAGAGACCAAGUGAACCUGCCUUCAUUUCAGGAGGGAUUGGCUGCUUGGCAUAUGACAACUUUGCCAGCUCUUGCUCCCUUAGGUUCUACUAUUGUCUCUCGAGGGCCUUUAGGGGAGUGGGCAUGAGGCUGCAGUUCCUCCAACCUCGACUUACCAGGAAGCAGAUACACAUAAGAAUGUGGAGGGCAGAGAGGGAUUCCAUAAGACCGUCUUCCUCACUUCCAUACGGCUCUGCAGAGCAAACUAACUUGAGUUUUAUUUAUUUUAUCUUCUGGUUUUAUUGCAUAAAUAUUUAUUUUUGUAAGUAUAAAGUAAUUUUACCAAAUAAUGAAAGCAUAAGGAAAUUGAGGUUAGAGGGAGGUGCUUAAAGAGGUUAUACGGUGGAAGAUUUAAUACCGAAGAGGUUAAGGUGCAAUAAGAAGGGACAAAUUUAGGGAGAAAUGUGAUGCAUUGUUGGAGGGUGUAUGAUGUGUGUGAGGUUUGCACGUUGCCUCUUAACAAUUUCUGUCCUUCAGGUGAAAACUCAGAUUUCUCAGAAAAGUCAUGUGCCUGUCUAAAGAAGCUAUUAGUUUCCUUUGGAACUUUUUCCUUUGUUUAAGAUUAUAUGUAGUAUUACUUGAAAUCUAGGAUUAUCACUAAGAUGGGCAUUGUAGUUAAUGGUAGUUGAUGGGUUCUAAUUUUGGAUGGAGUCCAGGGAAGGGAUGGUUAUUUUUAGAAAUCCUCUCUCCCCUCACUGGACCAAAUGGCUUCUUUGUAGUGAACUCACUUUUUUUUUUUUUUAAAUACUCCUAUCAUCUGGUGGGAGAGCCUUCUAAAUGAACAAGCCAAAAUAUUGGUUCUUGGUAGAGAUUCGUUAUAUCUUCAGUUUGUUCUUUAGAAGAUUUUAGAUGUUGAUUUUUAUUUUGUUUUAAGCCAUAGCUUUAAAAGAAUUCAGAGAUGUUCAUAGCUACCUUGGAAUUUGUAACCUCAGCUCUGGGAGAGGAUUUUUCCAGAACGAUUAUUAUCCAGUUGAAGUAUGUUGUUACAUUAGGGUCAUCUCAUGCUCGUUUAUGUCUGUUACCAUGUCAAGUUACCCUUGUUACCAUGUUACCAUAGUAUUAUGUCAAGUGCCCUUCCAGGGACUUGAACUUUCCCACAGACCACACUCGACAGUAUGCGUGGAUGUGCAGUGGAGCCCACACUUGAGCGUGAGUGUAUGUGCACUGUCACCUUGCUCUGGGUGAAGUAGUUUAUGGGUAACUUGUUUCCUCUGUGUUCCUAAGGCCCCCUUUUGGAUAGAAUGUGUUCAAACUCAUUCCCAUGUAUGUCGAUAGCACUGCCUCUGCUGGGUGGAAUUUGAAUCUAUGGUUUUCUUUCAGACUUUAGAGUUCAGUCUCAUCUGGCUCCCUUUCCUUGUUGGAGAGGAAGGGGAGAACUCCCUAAAUUUUGAGACUGAGAGUGGAGGACUCGCUCCAUGCUCCAACAACAGGGGGAGACAGGAAAGCGUGUGACAUCGGGACUCGGUGCCUCUGGGGGGUGCUGGAGGGGAGUCACAGGGGAGAGGGAGGCAUUCUUUGAAGGCGGUAAGAAACAAACUGAAGCUUCUAUCUCUGGGGCGGUUCAGGGAGUUAGGUGAGAUGGAGGGGUUUACACUUGCCAGAGGCCACGGACACCUCUACGCCCAUCCAGUUACCCAGUAUUUUUAGAAAUGGAGAUUGGGUCCUUCUUCCCUUUUUCAUAUGUUGCUUGAUCUCCCUUUCCCUCUUUGGUGCUUACAUAUUUCAGGUCCUUCAGCCAAACCCUUGCCUGUUGCCAUUGUUUUGGUUCUAAGUUCUCACCAUUCCCUCUGGUCCUUGAGCCUUUGGAUAAAAACUCACAGAGCCAUGGGGUGGGGCUUUGCUGGAACGGCUGAGUUUCCUCUAACUGCACCUCUGCUCUGGCUCCUCGAAACCAGUGGGUUGGCAGUCAUGCAGUGUGGAAGUCUUCCCAUUUCUCAGUGACCAGAUUGUGAAUAAUUUCCAAACGGAUUUUCUAUUAUUGUUACUAUGGUUCUUUGUUUUGAAAUAAAAAUUCUGAAUGUAUAUAUAA